AGGCCUGUGCCAAAAAAAAGUGUAAACAAUGGGCCUGCGCAAUGCAGCCUAACCAAUUCCACCAAAAAAUAAUUUUUUUAAUAUUUUUGUGUUUUGCCCCCAGGGUAUUUUUUUGGGGGGGAAGGCCUGUUCCAAAAAAAAGUCUAAACAAUGGGCCUGCGCCCAAUUCCACCAAAAAAUAUACAUAAAGAAUAAUAAAAAAGUAAACAUAUUAUUAUAACAAUAUUAUUUGCGCACCCCGUAUAUCGAAUAUAAUCUUACGCAAGGCCCAGCCCAGCCGUUAAAAGUCACAGUUCAUUCAAUUUCUGCGUCUCGAAUGAUAAUUAAAAAGGGAACGGCUACCGUUACUACCGUUUGCAUAAGUAAUUGGCGAAUGCAUGAUCUUACGCAACGCGCCCGCCCAGCCAACCACUUCAAGGUGUGGCAAUAUGUUGCCUUUCUUAGCGAGCGACAGGUAGUAAGUACGAUCUUUUAGUUACUUACUUGUAUUAAUCGUGAUAAUAGGUCGUCAUCGUUGUCGUAGUCGUCGUCGUCGUCGUUGUCGUCGUCGUCAUCAUCGUAGUCGUUAGAUUUAAUGCGAUGUCUGUUUUAAAGUUUAAAAAGGUGUCAUCGGAUGCGUUCGUUCCGGUCAGAGCAACCCCAUUAUCAGCGGGAUUGGAUUUAUUCAGUCCUCUCGAUUGUACAAUCGCCCCACAAUCAAAAUUAUUGAUAAAUACGGGACUGCAAGUGGAAAUUCCUGGAGGAUCUUUUUUGAAGAUUGAAGCUCGGUCAAGUUUGGCUUUGGACUAUUCCAUUCUUUGUGGAGCUGGUGUUAUUGAUGAAGACUAUCGGGGCGAAGUUAAAAUUUUAUUAUUUAAUAUUAGUAAUAAAAAGUUUGAAAUUAAACGGGGGGACCGAAUAGCACAGAUGAUUUGCCAUAAAAUUGAGUAUCCCUCGCUGAUUGAAUGUACCGAUAUGUCAAUAGAAACUGUUCGAGGCACAAAGGGUUUUGGAUCAUCAUAAAAAAAAUGUUUUUAAUGUAUGUAAUAUUUUCAAAUUAUAUGAAAAAUAA